UUCAAUUCCACCAUCGAACACAACCACAUCACUCGGAGGCCACAAUGAUUCGGCAUCCGCUACACACGGCCAUAGGCCGCACAAGACCCGACAUAACCCGAUUAACAGACGGCAUCGCAAAUUCCUUAAGACAAUUCUCCAUAUCCGCGCACCGAAGUGCCGGUCCCGAUAACAACUCCAAUAACGAUAAUCCUUCUCGAAGGCCGAGUAGCCGCGAACGUGCUGCUGCUGCUGUUGACGAGUUAAUUGCUACGAUCGAUAACGUCGCUUCUUCUUCCCCGUCACGACAGACUUUCGCUACGAGCUCGGGAGCUAGACCUACGGGGAAUGGGGAGAGUUUGGGUUCGAACGCAUUUACGCCGCGAUCUCAAGGCCCGAAUGUAAUCACCGUCAAGAGCCCACGCGGCGGCCUCAAUUUCCGGCGUGUCGCAUUCCCCGAACCCGGCUCAGAUGGCAGAGCUCCUAAUAUCAUCCGCGGCGGUUUCCGAGGUCGCGGACGGGGACGGGGACGUGGUGGUGGACGAGGAGGUAGACGAGACGACCGACCGCGAAGGGGACGCCGUAGAGAUGGCGAAGAUGGGGAUAGACGCUUUGGGGGAGCGGAUAAUACACCCCUAAUAGACGAUAGUCCACGCGUGAGAGCGUACCUCGAAGAACGGGAUACCGGGUCAACAUUACCGUAUAACCCCUCGCUAACCCUUGAGUCACUUGCCGGGUGGGGUCCUGCGGUCGGUACGGGAAAUUCGUAUGCGCAGGGGGAGACGGCGUUACGACAGGCGAGGGUAUUAGGUGGGGGACAGCAUUUCCAUCCGCAGCACUAUGUCUGGCCGAAUACGAUUCGUGAGUGGUAUGGCAAGAGUACCGAAACGGGUCUUUUUGUGCCGCCGUCGGAUGACGCUAGGUUGUGGACAAAACAGGUGCUUAAGGAUAGGCCGAUUGAGGCACCGGAAGAGGUUAAGACGGCGGUGUUGGAGGAUGCGCUGCUGGGUAAAUAUGAUGGGCCUAAGUAUGCGGAUCCGAGCGAUACGAUUGGGACGCUGAAGAGCUAUAUGAAGAGACAUGGCACUUGGAGGGCGCAGGCGGAGAGGGGUAUUGAAGAGAAGGUUAGGAGUCUAUUGGGACAGUCUGCCGGAGGAGCUGCUGCGGCUACUGCUAAGGCUGGUGGUGCGAGAGCGAAGGAGGUGAGACCUAAGGCAUGAUCUAUAGCUAUAUGAAAAGCCUUCAGCUCUAUUCUACUCUACUAGAGUUAAGAUGUGUACAUAUGAUCCUGAAUCCUGAAUGUUAGAUACGGGUCUGGAUUUAUUUUGCAGCAUCAUGAGACGCUUGUAACAACACCUAGUCUAGUGUACAUCUAUAUAU